CUUUUUCCUCCGUUUUCUCUUUCUUAAAGCACAAAACUUAUUUUCACUUUCUUUCCUUACCCACCUACGUUUCCUUCAGAUCCAACCAAUUCCAUCGUCACCAGGAACACACCCCUUUUGCCUAUUCAGCUUUACCUCUCACUCUUCAACUGUGUCUCUGAUAAGGUUCAACCCUUUUUUUGCUCUCUAUGCCAUUCCAACAGCUUACUCUGCAGUUGGGAAGGGCAUACCAGAACAAGAGUGUAAUUGCAGUGCACGGAUUUAUUAAUAGUCUUGUAGAUCUGUUGGCUUUUUCAGGAUGGGCAAGUGCAAGGGUUGUGGAAAGUUAGGAAGAAUGAGGCCAAGUCAUAUGAGUGCUUAUGAAUUUUCUCUGAUGCUGGCUCCUGUUGUUUCUGUUUGGGAUUGCAUAGUUCGCAAAAUGAGGUACUCCUACAGACCUGAGUGGGUGUAGUGGUUCGGAACAUAGUAGUAUUAGUCUUGAUACUUCAACAAAUAAUAUAUUUAGCAUUAUUACAAUUAGGGAAAGAGUGGAAAAGAAUUACAGAAAAGAAAAAUGUAUACAGCUCUAAAGAAAUUCACUUGAAGGAAGUCUCAAAGACGUCACUUUAGUAUUUACUAUUUAGGUGUAGUAAAUUAUAUGGAUACCAUGGCAUGCAAUAAAGGGCAAAAUGUGAGAAAGGCGAAGAAGAAGCAGGUGAAAGACGAGCUGGAUCGUCUUAAACAGGCUGAGAAGAAAAAGAGACGCUUAGAAAAGGCACUCGCGACUUCCGCAGCCAUUAUUUCUGAACUGGAGAAAAAGAAACAGAUAAAGAAAGAAGAGCAGCAGAGGCUCGACGAAGAGGGUGCUGCUAUUGCUGAGGCAGUUGCUCUGCAUGUUCUACUCGGCGAAGACUCGGACGAGUCAUGUAAGGUUGUGAUAGAUAAUGGUAACCAAAAUAUUGGCAUCUCCGUAAGUGGAGAAAGUGCUUGCUUCCCUCAUCUAGAGGGUGGCGGCGGUUGGUCUUUUGAAAGAGUGGGUUGGGUCUCUGAUGCAUACAGAUAUGGUUGCGAGAGGGGUGCUGCUGAAAAUGGUGAAUGGUCAUUCUCAACUGAGCCUUUUGAGAAGAACAUGCAUGAACCACUAUAUGAAGGUGCAGGAUGGGGACCUGCAGGUUUCUCCGCUGAUCUCAUAGCAGCUCAAGCAGUUUCAUCACUGCAGAUUGCUGAGGAGGCAGAUGAAGAUAGGAUUCUCUUUUAAGUUUUUAAUUAAUUAAGGGCAUGCUGAGGUGAUAGAAGAAGGAAUAACUGUUUGUGGUGGUGACUGGAUGAAGUCUUUUUGCUAUUUUGAUUGAAGAUAUAUAUAUGCGUGUAUAUAUAUUAUAAUUAUAAUUAUGAGUCUUGUCCAUGUCUAACACUUUCUGCUUCAGUUGUGAUUGAAGAUGUAACAUGUUGCAGUGUGACCAUGUUUUUAUUUUGAUCAUCUUUUAACUGUAUGUUAAUGUGACGCUUCUAAUUUCCUGUGUUGAGUGACUUUUUGAGCUUAUUUCCAAUAAUAUAAAGUCACUACUGGCCCCCUCAGAAUUUUUGUACUA